AUGACCGCCUCCAGCCUUCUCGAUCGCCUCAACCGAGACGGCUUCGUCGUCAUCCCUUCGAUCCUAACCGAAGACCACCUCAAAGAGCUCCGGGGCGCGACCCAAAACGCCACAGCGCUGGCCCGAGCCGGAAAGUGGCCGAAUGUGCGGACGCUCCCCAAGCAGUUCCCUCCGUGGCCGGUCACCACCCCGGAGGCGCCCCCGGGCGGCAUCUGGGGCGUCCAGGGAAUGAUGCACCCUAAUAUGCCAAAUAACGCCGUCUUCGUCAAGACGUACUUUUCAGACGCCGUCAUCGAGCCGACCAAGCAGCUGCUACAAUGCACCGACGAAGACCUGGUCAUGGAGCUCUUCAACCUGCUCAUCCGGCCCGAUGAGGACUUUGAGCUCCGGUGGCAUAGAGAUGAUAUCCCUGCGACUGCCACCGCGGAGGAGGAACUGGAUCGGCUCAAUAAGCCGGCCUAUUCGGCGCAGUGGAAUCUUGCUCUUUACGAUGACAACAGUCUCAUCGUCGUCCCGGGUUCGCACACCAGGGCUAGAACGGACUUGGAGCGCAAUGCGCAUCCGUAUGAGAAGGACAUCCCCAACCAGUUAUACGUGGAGCUCAAGGCGGGCGACAUCGUCUUUUACAACAAUAAUAUCCUGCACCGCGGCGCGUACGUCGCUAGCAAGGAGCGCAUGACGCUGCAUGGUAGCGCAGGUCAUGUCAACGGCAGUGCCCUACGAGCCCGCAACGUCCUGCAACACGGGCUCAAGGGUUGGGUGGAUGAGGUCGACUUGGGCGUGCUGGAUGAGACGGAGAGGCCGAGGGCAGAGAACAUGCGGAGAAUGCUGGUAAAGCUGGGCCAGGAAGCGGGGGAGGUGGGAUAUUCUCUCGAGGGGUAG